AUGACAACAAAAAGCGAAACUGGGAAUCAGAUUUCCCAAAUAAUUGGUAUUAAAAAAGUUGGCCAAACCGUUAUAUCUAAAGAACUCAUUCCACAAGAGAAGAAUGUUCAAAAACCAUCAAGAGCAUCUCUACGUGGGCAGAUGAGUAAUUCAAAUAAUCGUACGAGCCCUCACCAGGAAAUAAAAUUUUUCAUAGUAUUUGGUGCUUUACAUAUUCCUGAUAGCGUAUCUCUCGCACCAAUCAUUAAUAUGAAACAGAAAAUGAAUUUGGAGAUAUUGUUACAAAAUAAAGAAGAGCAUUCUAGUCUCCCGACAUUCUCCUUCAAAAAGUUCACUUUUUUUCCUCAUCACAAACAGAUUCUGAAAUCCAAACUGUUUGGAAAAACCAGAGUAAGUUAUCUGAAUCGGAGAAAUGACCAUUAA